GACCUUCAUUACACAUCAAUCUACCCCAACCACGCCCAGCUCUAAAGACGUUUAUAAGAGAGUCACAGUGUCUCUCUUGUACGAUUCAUCAAAACGUAAGAAGCGCGCAAUUGCGCAAACUCACAGACCGACAGUAUGCUUCCACUAGGUCUAUUAACUGCCGCGACCGGGCACCCUAUGCUGGUUGAACUGAAGAGCGGCGAAACCCUUAACGGACUCUUAGUCAAUUGCGACACAUGGAUGAACCUCACACUACGAGAGGUUGUGCAAACGAGCGCCGACGGUGACAAGUUCAUGAAACUACCAGAGAUCUACGUUCGUGGAAGUACAAUCAAGUACCUUCGAGUGCCGGACGAAAUUGUCGACGUCGUAAAGGAACAACAGGCCAAGGACCAGGCGAACCGGGGCGGCCGAGGAGGUGGCAUGCAUGGACGCGGAGACCACCGGGGCGACCGCGGGGGAGGUAGGGGCAUGAGGGGGCGCGGACGCGGACGUGGAAGAGGAGGCGGUGGCGGUGGUGGUGGUGCUUGA